UGCCCAUUUUUUGGAAAAUGCAGUUUUAAAAAAAAAAAAAAAAAAUCACUUUAACCACUAGAUGGCUAUAGAGCUCCACUAUAUGCUAUUUGCUAUUUGACUACCUGAAAGAUAUCUUUUCACAAGUUGGAUUCAGUUGGAUUCAUAUCUAAACAUUAUAAAAUCACAAUUAUAACAAAAAUAAAAUUUGAAUUGAAUAGGCCACACAUUAUAGUUUUUUUUUCUUCUUGCACUUCUCACAUUCAGGGAGUAUGAGCCCAAGCCAGCAGCAGCAGCAGCAGCAGCAUCCGAUUCAGAGGACGAGGGAUCAGGGGAGGAUGAAGAAGUGUCAUUUACCGAUGUACAAGAAGUGCUCUCCACGGAACAAGAAGACCCAGGACACUUUACUCUCCCCCCUCACUUAAGAUGUGCCUCGCACACACUUAAUUUGAUAUCAACUGUUGAUAUUGAAAAAUGGUUGACAGUGACAAACAAAACAAUUUACAGAAGUGCCACUGCAAAGUGCUCUGCCCUCUGGACUAAGGCCAGCCGGUCUACAGUAGCUGCAGAGCUAGUGGAAAGCCUUUGUGGAAAAAAACUCAUGGUGCCUACAGUGACGAGAUGGAACUCUUUCCACAAUGCAGUUGCACGAAUAACUGAGAUAUCCAGACCACAGUUGACAACUCUCUGCAGUCAGUUAGGUGUACGAGCCUUUUCCGAGCGAGAGUACAAAUUCCUUGUAGAGUAUUGCACAGUCACAAAACCGCUUACAAAAGCUUUGGACCGUUUACAAGGGGAAAAUGAUUGUUAUUAUGGCAAUCUAUUACCGACACUGGAGUCUCUGAUGUUAAAGACCUUGGCAUUGCGUCCCGGCCUCUCCGAGAUGAUGGCAAAUCUGCCUGAUGUCAUAGUGCAGGCCAUCAAAACCCGCUUUGCUUCUGUUUUGGACAGUAGGGAGGGUCUCCUGGCUGCUGUCACUCUGCCAAAGUUCAAGAUGAGGUGGUUGAGGGAAGAGACCAGGAGAGAGGCCCUAAAGAAUCUGCUGAUAACAGAGUGUCGUGCUUCACCCCUGGCUGCCCCCCACAAUGAGGAGCAUGAGGUCAGGCCUCCACAGAUUAGUCCAGCAUCCAGCAGUAGUGAGGAUGACUUUUUUGUGUUUGAGGAAGAGCAGGAUUCAGGAUCUUUUGGCCCAGACAGGGAGGUGAUGGAGUACCUGAAGUCUGGGUCAGAGAUGGGGGUCCUAGACAACUUCCCCAGAAUUAAGAACUUAUCUUUAAAAUACAAUACAGCACCAGCAUCCAGUGCUCCAGUGGAGAGGCUAUUCAGCCUGGGAAGCCUUGUUCUCACUCCAAGGAGGAACAGGUUAGGAGACAAGCGCUUUGAGAGACUCCUCCUUAUGAGGUAUAACCACUACUUUGACAAAUAAGCUGACACAUUCAGAAGCUCAUAUUUUGCACCAGAAAAAUGCAUUACAGUAAAUGCCAACUGUAUUUUUCCUUUUAUUUACUUUGAGACUUCUGUAUUUGCUUUAACUCAUUUCAACAACCUACCUCUCCUCUGCACUGUGUUUUGCUUUUUAACAAUUUACCUCUCCUCUACACAGUGCUGGUAAGGCCAGUCUUUUUUAUUUAUGGAUAUAUUUUUUUGAGGAAGUUAAUAUUUUUUUUGUUUGUACUUGUUAAUCGACAAUCAAAUUGAUUUUUUGCACUAGAUGGUUUUUGUUAAACAUUGAGGAAGUUAAUAUGUUCUUGUACCAGGGACGGAUUACGUACCGGGCCAGCGGGGCCGCUGCCCAGGGGCCCUAGGGGUGCAGGGGGCCCAUGGGGCCCCUAGCCCAAAACAAUUUGCAACGCUUAUCAACAAUGUAUUUUCGUUUGUCUAUUUUAGAGGGCCUACAUUCUUUGAUCCUCUGCCUACAAGGGCCCCUGACCCUAUAGGGAGGGCGUUUGGCUGCCAAGGGCCCUUGAAUUGUGGUGGUUGUGGUGGUGGUGCUGGUGGUGGUGGGGGGGAGGUCGGUGCUUUCAGGGGGCCCCCGGCCCUGCUAUAGGAACUUUAAAGGGAAAUGGGUGCAUGGGAGCCUACUUUUAGAAGGCCCUCUUAGGCCCUCCUAUUAUGGUCCUGGCUUCUGGCUACCAGGGGGCCAUAUGGAGGAUGGGGGCUUUGGGGGCUUUUAGAGGGCCCUCUGAUUAUGAGGGCCCUUCUAGGAGGCCCUAGGCUAGGGAGGAGGGUGUAGUGUACCUUUAGAGGGCCAUCUGAUUACAAGGGCCCCUACCAUGGGGCCCCUGGCUUCUGGGGGGAGGGGAGGGGGGCGUGUUAACAGCCUUACAGAAGGCCCUCUGACUAGGGAGCGGUAGCAUGGUGGGAUGGAGGCGGUUAACCUGCCCGCUGAGUGGCCCCCAGACCAGUGUAGCAGUGUAAGAGUUUGACCAGUGUAAUCACUCCCAGGGCUGUAGUGGAGGCUAAACGCAAGUAAACACUGUUUACCCACCUCUGAAAUUUCAGAAUUAGAGUUUACCCACUUCUCAAUUGAUCUAAAUGCACAUCAUAGUAUAGUUUAUGCACAAAAUGUGAUCACAGAAUUCUUAUUUUACCACUACACCCCUGAUCACUCCGUUCUGUACGGGGAUAUGGUACACAGGUGGAUUCUGGCAUGGUUCACUAACCGUGGUUUCUGGCAUGGUGAUCACUAACCGUGCCCCAACAUGACUCUCACUGUACGUUCACACCAGGAGAGACCAAAGCGAACACGUCGCCAAGGUCGUUGAAGAAGCUUCGUUGUUGAAUUUGCUUUAUUCACUUUGUUCGCUCAUUGGAAUGUUUGAUUUAGCCUGUUACCGUGGGGCGUUGGUAAAUCUAUAUAUUAGAAUUGGUUUUCACCGAACCGCGUCAUAACUCAUUACAUAAGGUUAACUGACUUUUAACUUCUCUUUUUUGCUCUGGCCCGCCCAAUUCGCUUCGCUGCCAGUGAAUUUGCUUUGUUCGGCCAAUUCGCCGAGAAAUAAUGACUUUCGUCGCUCUGGUCUCUUCUGAUGUGAAUGUACGUGACAUCAAUAAUGACACUACAAAUAAUAAAUAUUUGAAUUAAUUUGAGAAAGUUGGUGUUAAUAACAGUUUUUUUCACAUUGGACUCCUUGCAAUGCGUAAAUCAUGGGGAGAGACCUAUCUUUUCCCAUGGUAAUAACCAGGCUGCUGAAUAGAAAUUGGAUGAUCAGGGGCGGAGCCAGACAUUGUAAACAUUCGGGGCUUAG